AUGUGGGAGACGGGAGACGGAAGAAGGGCAACACUAGUGACUUGGAGUACUGUAUAUAUUCAAGGCUUCUGCCAAAGGUUUAAAACCAAUGGAGAUCUCCUCUGUAUGCGUGCUUCACAUUUCUGUUCUCACUCCAAAAAGUUCCCUCUUAGCCUAUCCUCACCUCACCUCACCUCACCGGUACUACACUAUCCCACCCAUCGCAAAAAUACGCCUUCGUCCAUCCACCUCCCGUACAUCCGUACCGACUCUACCCCAGAACAACUUAUCCAAUUCCCCGCUACAGCCGCCACCACCUCCUCGUCCCAUCGCCCCCUUAGUUUACCCCCACCCCCUUUGAAAUACAGCCGUGCUCCUUCACUAUUUUUUAUUUUAUUUUUUAGAUAUGUAAUCUUUCAUUUUUGUGAUAGAACAGAUAUAUUGAAUAUUCCGGGCUGGUUUCGGGAGUCUGCCUAUAUCACGCAGUCAGAAAUAACCGAUUGUGGUGAAAUUCUCCCUGGUGGGGGAACUUCCGUUACAUCCCCUCUCUAUAAAUGAUACGAGUGGCUUGAUGCUUAACUUGGUCGGUACUGACUUAAACUUUCCAGUCCGGACAUGCCCCUUGAAGUGUCAGCUCUAUCACAUGGCGUGAGCUAGCGCAACUCAUGCAAUUGGUAGUCCCGAGUCAUGUACUGCAUUGCAGACCGUCACUUGCUAUCACUCGUCCGGAUCUCUGAUAAGCUGUCAGGUGUGGGUCGCACGGUGUAUGGCAUCAAAUAGAGAAGCGUAAGAGGGCGGAAGUAUUCAGCUGUAAGCUAUAAUGGACAAAACUUGACUUUGUUUCAAUCGCUACGUGCAGAAAGACGCUAACUAGUGUGUUCUCGAGCGUCGGGGUAAUUGCUUUCCGAGAGUGGGGCCAAAUUUGCCCGUCACUCUGUGGGAAAGAGGAUAGCGGUUAAGUGAGUUCCUUCCGAAUAUACUUUUACCCUGCAAAUGAAUUCCGGGAGGAACGUGCUUUGGCUUAACUAUACCCGUACCUCCCUUCUGGCCUUCUUCCCUACCUUCCACCCCGAGAGCCUCCCAAUAAGGAGUGAGAAAGGGGGAGCAAACAUGUUGUGAAAAUUACUCUGUACCUCGGGAAUAUAGUGGAAGGAUAUCCAUUUCGUCUCUGGGCUACUGGUUUCUCGACCCAUGCUCCUUUUACCUCUUUUCAAGAGCGGGUGGCACGUUAGCAGGAGGCGCUCUCCUCGAACCCUUUAUAAAUCUUUAUUCCACUUUCGAGUGAAGUCCUGGUUAGCAGCAGUGGAUUUAGCGUGAUGCCUAUUCCUCCUCCUCCUCUUGUUUCUCCCCUUCUAUCUCAUGUGUAUCUUUUUUAGGCGUUUGGUGAUUCAUUGUGGCUCCCGGGCCUGUAGAUGAACUCGGAACAACUCUGCGGGGAUAUCGCUUUCGUUAGUAGCUUCUCUAUUCUUGCUACCGUUUCCUACCUUGUUACCGGAACGGGUCUUUACCGAAUAAUUAAUCUCUAUUCUCUUUACCCACUCUUGCUGGCCACGA